AUGGCCGGAACGUUGUCGUUCUCCAUCGUGGCAAUAGUUGUUUUCAUCUUUAUUCUUUAUGCAUUUUUCGAAACCCUUACUGCUAGCAGUCUUUUUUCACCUAGUCUAUCCGGCAAGCUCACCACUUCUGAGCAAACACGGCAUAAUAUCUGGGCAGACCUGAGCGUGGCCGAGACGCAGGCCCUACUCCAUUACUUGCAUAUCGGGCCGAACAAUCUCAACCUGUCGUCCCCAGCUUCUGCGACCGCAUUUCGAAACUUUGUCCUUCGCACGGAACUUUUGAGACCUAACAAGUCGCAAGCGCUGAGCUACGUGGAUGGAGUAUCUGAAGUCAAACCGCCGCGCUGGGCUACUGUGCUCAUUUACAAUGGAUCUGGUGUCGACGCGACUCUUGACGAGUACUCCGUCGGACCUCUGCCCCCAUCGGCAGAGACCGAGAUUCGCCCAUUGACGUUGUACCAUAACUCGGGCAAGAGCUCCAGCCCGAACUUGGUGCCGGACGGAACUUCACUUCGAGAUUGGCCUUACUCGAUUGCAGAAGAUAUAUCCGACAUCACCGAAAGUAUCCUUGGCAGUUCCAUCAACUCGGGCAACAAGUCUAGCCCAGACGGCCUGGAGAUUGGGUUUCGGGACCCCUGGGUCGACAGCGAUGGCAGAACCGUUCGUUGGUGCGUGUUCCAAAGGGCGGGAAAGCAAUGGCAAUCGAGGACCUUGCUCCCGCAAGGAUUGUUCUUCAAAAUAGACACGACUGGAAGAGAUUCCAGGGAAUGGAAAGUGCUGCAUUGGUUCUAUAACAACAUCUUGUACAAUUCUACCGAAGAAUUCCGCGCUGCGUGGAUGACGCCUGGUUUCGUCACUACGCCCUCAAACCUUGACGGAGAAUGGACUCACAUUGACAGCCUCGCGGGCUAUAGCGAACCGCUCGAAGAGGAUACCGCAUCGGAAGGAGAUGGCUCCCAUAAACAGAACUUCUUGCUCGACAAAGAGCAGAAAUUUGUUGUUUGGAAAGGGUUCGAGUUUCACAUGGCUUUCUCCGUCGCGACUGGUCUGACGCUUUACGACAUUCGUUUCCAAGGCGAGAGGAUUUUGUACGAACUGGGUCUCCAGGAGGCGCUCUCUCAGUAUGCAGGUAGCGAUCCAGUGCAGGGCGCUGCAAAAUACCUUGAUUCGUUUUGGGGUAUGGGAGGAACGAUGUUUCAGCUGGUUCCAGGUUACGACUGCCCGGAAGGUUCGCGGUACAUGGAUGUUCAAUUCUCAUUGCGGUCCGAGAUGAAUAUUCAUCGCAACGCGAUUUGCUUCUUUGAACACCAGGCUGAUUAUCCUCUUCAACGGCACACAACCACCUCAUAUGUAAGCGUCUCCAAGAACAAUUACUUUGUGGUCAGGACAGUUGCCGUCGUCGGCAACUACGACUACACUAUCGACUAUAUUUUCUACCUGGAUGGAAGUAUAGAAGUCAAGUUUCGAGCGAGCGGGUACAUCCAGGGCGCCUAUUACGUCCCAGGCGAGAGCGAGACAUAUGGCUAUCGUGUCCACGACCAAUUCGCCAGCAGCCUCCACGACCACGUCAUCAACUUCAAAGCGGACUUUGACAUUCUCGGCCAACAAAACACAUUCGUGCGUGUCAACAUUGAGCCCACGACCGCGCGGUAUCCGUGGGCCCCUGGUGAAGACCGCAGCACGAUGAAGCUUAACCGGCGCGUCGUCGAAACCGAGACCGGGCUCAACUGGCCCGCCAACUCGGCGUCUCACUUUGUCGUCUUGAACAAUGACUCGUCGAACAGUUGGGGCGAGAAGCGCGGCUACCGCAUCAUGCCUGGCAGCGGCAUGGGAGCGCCCGCGCACCUCACCUUCCAAGGGUCCGAGGCUUUGGGUCGCGCGGCCGAGUGGGCUCAGAAGGACCUUUGGAUCUCGAGGCAGAAAGACACCGAGGCGCGGAGCAGCACUCCUGCAAGCAACUUCAUCCAAAAUGACCCGAUGAUUGACUUUAGCAAGUUCAUCGACGGCGAGGCCGUGGUGCAGGAAGAUCUGGUCGUGUGGUUCAACCUGGGCAAUCACCACGUUCCCCAUUCGGGCGAUCUCCCAAACACGUUGCAGCACACGAGCGCCAGCUCUGUGUGGUUCAUGCCGUAUAAUUUCCACGAUCGCGAUCCGAGCAGAGGAAAAAGUGAUAGUAUUAGGCUUCGGGCGCCGACAGUACACUACCAGUCACUCGUUCGUGACGAGGGCACUGAGCCGCUAGAAUGA